AUGUCAGAUGUCAAUAUGGAAGAAGUUCGCAAUGACGAUUCAUUAUCACUUGCUAAUAAGCUUGGUACGAAACAACGAAUCGAGCAGGCAAAACUUAGAGCGGCCGAACGAAGAGCUCGUGAAGCUACUGCAAGGCGCGUGGAACAAGCACCUGUAACACCAUCCCGGUCACCAUUUCCUGCAUCGCCUUCCAUUACAAAUUCUUUACCAUCCACUUCCAAUCAUGCAUCAACAGCAAGCACUAUCAAAGAAGAUCGAUGGGCGGGGAACUUUAAGCUUCAGGCACUGAUCAUGAACAUGAUAUUGAAAUGUCCAGGAGCAAAAGAAGUAGCGGAAUCAUUUCUCCUAUCGAACGGCGUGGAGGACAACAAAGAAGAAGACGGUGAAAAGACAAGAGAUGAGACGGCGCAAUUAGAGGACGCAGACGUGCAAGUCACUGAUCACGUGACACUCACCCGCGAUCAUGGCGCAAGCACCACUUCAAACGUGGACCAACAUCGAGGGGAUCCGUUAAAAACCAAAGCAGGCUCUGGAUCCCCCGCGACGACAGUGCUAAACCAGCAUAUUGGUGGAGCAAAUACCAGGCAAGAAUAUGAUUCAUCACGUUUACAUCCAACUCGUUCUCCAGAGGACAGCUUGAUAUUGCACGAUAACGAGACAGCCUAUCAAUCAAUUAUCCUGGAAAGUAGAAGUCGCUCUGAUUUUGUGGGCUCGCAAGGCUUAGUUGACAGGCAACUUCUACCCAUUCUCAAUAGUAAUUCAAAGAAAGACCCUAGAACGAUCGAUGACGGAGGAUUGGAGACAACUUCGAUAAACACAACUACUGAAGCGCUUCAUACUCCGAAUAAUGGCACACUAAAAGAAGUCGUGUCCGGCACAGAUUUCUCGAAAGCGCUCGACACUCUUAUUAGUAGCGUUGCCAGGUCACGUGGAAUAACUGUUAAUGAUCAUUCUACGAGCGCGACCCCCCAAUCCUCAAUUCCGGGAGCAAGCGGAUCUGUUACGACUUCAGUAACGACUGAUAGACCGCAAGAUGACAUGCUUAAAUUAGCCAACAAUAUAUCAGUCAGAUACCUUGCUUUAGCUCGUGCUUCUGGUGGCGCCAAUUUUCCUUACGACCAACUUGCAAGUAUUGGAGCUGGAUCUCCACUCAAUGUAUCCACUAAAGAGUUUUCAUUUGAAGCGUUCGACAAUCUUGUUGACAGUUUUCGGAAAAACAUGGAAUCAAUGCAUGAAGCUCAUGCCAAUAAUGAGAUUCUGGGAAACACGAGGAGUCAAGAAGUUUCGGAGAAUUUCAGUGAUGCUAGUGAUCUGGGCAGUCCUAUCCCUAUCGAUAUGAAUGGUCAGGAGAUGGACGACAAUUUGUUUCGUACAGAUGGCGUUAAUCCAAACGUUGACGAAACCACGGCCAUAGCAGAGUCAACGGAUAGUGAGGAAGAUGAGUAUGGUUUCCUAGACAACGUGCCAAGUAGUCAUUACAACUGUGAUAGUUGUCGAAACCCAAUCGUGUUACCCCAAGGCUCAAUUGUCAGUUUGAUGAGCCCAGCACCUACCACAUGUCUGCACUGCAAGACAAGAAAAGCUGCAGGGAUCACACGUAGAAGACUGGGAGUUGGAUCUCGAUCAAGCAUUGUUGCAGAAUCUCCCAAUCCCGAAAUAAACAAUCAGUCUUCAUCUGUCCAAGCAGAUCAGUCUGUUACAGAGACUUCCUCUCAGUCCUUGAGACCCGUUGCGGAGAUACCAGUGCCGCCCCCUCAGGUUCCCUCGAAACCACUCUCAGAAUCCCUUUCAGAACCAUUACCAGAACCGUUACCAGAACCACUACGAGAAUCACUACCAAACCCAUUAUCGGAGCCAUCAUCGGAACUACUACCAAAAUUACCACGAGAACCACUUAUAGAGAAUAUCGAGCAUCUUUCGCAUUCAAUUGAAAUUGAAGAGAGCGAUUCUGGUGAAAUGCCCCGGGACUCUGGAUCAGGCGAUGGAGGCAAUGUAAAACAGGAGUAUCAUAGAGGUAAUUUCAGCGUUGAGCUUCCGGGAUGGCCCCGUUCUGCAAGCCCAUGUCUUCCCUCGAAUUUACUUUCAGCUAACAGCCAAAUAUCCCCAAACGGUAUGAAGCGCAAGGUUGAGUACAUGGAGGGCGAAGCUAUCUAUUCUUAUCCCAUCGGCCCGAAACGACGCCGCGGCAGACCUUUGAAGAAUUACCAAGCAAUCGUUUUAGACUCUCCGCCGAGAGGCUCUUCUCAAGCUUCGACAUCGACAUCACGCCGAAGUUCACAAGUGGGUCUGAGUGGCAAGAAACGAGGUCGUCCAUUUGGAAGUAAAAAUAGAGUCAAAUCGGAAAUUAUAGAUUACAAUCAGCCAAUGAAUAGUACAGGAAUAAUCAAGCCAACAGGCCAGCGUCAAUCUGCUAAGAAAACUCGGGAAAUUCUACGUAAUUUAUUUAACGAGGAACAAGAUUCCAUGGAACAUGCGACAGCCCGGUCUGGAGUACCAGCACAGAUCCAGAUCAAUUCUCGUUCGGCCACUAGUUAUACAAAUCUAGACUUGCACGCAAGCUCUGACCGUGUUAUUCCAACGAAUAGAAGGGCUCGGCGAGAUCUUGAUCCUGACUACAUGUCAACAUGGCAAUCCGAAUUUCGAAGCGGCACAAUAUUAAAUGACAAUUCAAACUCGUCUUCUGUUGGUGGUGCAGUAUCGAAUAUCAGCCACGAGAGCGGCACAACCGACAAUAACUUGGUCGGAUCUUUGAAGGAAAAUGCAAGGGAACCUGGGACCUAUAAUCCUCAGAGGAGAAGCUCUGAGUACGAAGCUGACUUCAUGACAUCUUCGCAUCGUUUAGAUAUGUUUGUUGGAAGACAAGAUGGAGAAGUUUCUGUCGCUCAGAGCUCGAUCUCGGACCAAGAGCAAUCUCGUCUCCAGCCGGCUAUGUACACAAAUCGCGCGUCUAGUAUCGAGAAUUCACGCCUUGGGAGAGAAAAUUUAGCAGGAAGAACAUUACCUGGAGAGCCGCUGACUGAUAGCUCAUCAUCUAGCACAUUCUCUGUAGGCGAGUUGCCCUGGAAUGCAUUCAAUCAAGACCCGGAUCUGACUGCAUUACCUGCCUCUUCGCCAACCGUCCAGAGUUUGCAAGAACAUACUCCAAAGGUUUGCUGCGGAAAUUGGAGUUGCAGAUUUAAUAGUAGAUGCGAAAAGAAACUCAAUCGCAGGGAAAGGAAGAAGCAGAGAAGACAAAAUAAACUUUUAGCCAGGAACAACGGUGGUAAAAAUGAAGUCACAUGA